GUGUAUAAAUAUUAAUUAAAGACGGGCUGCUGAGAAAAAGUUGUCUGCAAAUGUUGAAGUUAAUUCAUAGGCGUUUAAGAGGCCGAGUGGAUUGUAGGAAUUUGGGGGAAAGGUUAUUCUAAUCUAUGCUGAAGUAGAAUGUGAUUUUUUUGGUAGGUUUGACCGGAGAAACAUUCUCUUCGCGGUGAUGGACUUCGCUGAUUGAGAUCUUUCGCCCAUGCCCCUGCGGAGAUGAUAAUUUUGGCACUUGAGAGGAUAAUGAGUUCGUGCAUAAUUUCAUGGUGACUAGACAUCGUAAAUCAAAAUGUUUAGUAAGAGCAAGAAAUCUAAGGAAGGAAAGGUUCGGAAUGGGAAAGAGAGUCCUAGCCAUGGCCCCUUCAGCAGCAUGACUGCCUCACUGCCAAAGAAUAUCUUCUCUGGAAAAUCUCGCAAAAAUUCGGGGGGAUAUGUUAUUGCAGAUGGAGGGAGUCAACCAUCCUCAUCUAAGAAUGGUCAGACGAUGGGGUCAACGGAAAUGAUGGCUCGGUCACAGACACUGAGUCAUUCCCCAGGCCAUGGGUACUAUUUUGAGGGGGUUAGCCAUGGAGGGGGAAGUCCCUAUCACAGUCCCUCCAACCCAGCCCUCUCUAAUGCAAACCUAUCAAAUGCUCAUGGAAGCCCCUUCAGCAGCCCCUCUCACAGUGGAGGGAAAACAAACACUUUGAGUAGUGUACGGUCCCUAAGGGAAAGAUAUGAGCAGGAAUCAAGUCCCCAGUUGAGUGAUCGGUCACUAGAGAGGCAGAUAGACAGACUUCAGAUGUUAGCCCAGAGUGAAUCUAAUCCUAACAUCAGUCCAAGAGACUUUCAUAGCUACUCCAUGUCAUCUAGUUUCAGUAGAGAGAGAGUGACAGACAGGGAAUACCCUCACAUGGGAGCACGGUCAUUAGAGCGUGAUCAUAACUAUCCGGGUAGAUCACGCUCCAUGGAGCGUCCAGACUAUACAACACAAUUAUACAAUCAAGAGAUGAGAAAUUUUCGUGACACUUUUAUCCUGGAUUUGGAAGGACAGAUCGCUGAUUUGAGCAAAGAGUGUGCGAAGCUACACCAGGAGCUUGACUCCACCAAAGAAAAGCUGAGUUCCAGCAUGAACAGCAUAAAGACCUUCUGGAGUCCAGAGCUGAAGAAAGAAAGGGCCUUACGCAAAGAGGAAAGUGCCAAGUAUUGUUUAUUGAAUGAACAACUUAAAGUGGCUCAGGCAGAGCUCAAGAAACAGGCGUCUGUAAUCCAAAGUUUGGAAAGUCAAGUUAGUCUGGGUGAGGAUGUGCAGGCGAGCACGAGGAUAUCUCAACAGGAGAUCGAGAUUCUGCAGCGAGAAAAGGACAAGCAAUCAAAAGAAAUACUCAUCCUACGGAGAACAGUCGACGAGAUGGAGCUUCGAAUCGACAUCCAGAAACAGACACUCGCAGCUCGAGAUGAAAGCAUGAAGAAACUGCUCGAGAUGUUACAGAGUAAGGGUCACUCAAUAAGUAACAUACAGGAGAAUCAACUCGAAAUCGAGAGCCUGCAGGCUCAGAGACUGGAAGAUGAGCGCAAGAUCAAACAGCUGCAGAAUGAGCUCAGCCAACAGUUAGAUGAGUCUGCUGCUCUCAAAGAGGAAAAGAAUCAUCUAUCAGAUGAAGUAAAACAACUUGACCUGCAGUUAAAACAGAUGCCAGCCAGCAAUCAUACCAUGAAAGCCAUGCUGGAGGCAAAGGAUUCUAGAAUUGCUGCCCUGGAGAAAGAUGUCCAAGCUUUGGAGGACAGGAUCAUGAAAAACCAGGAGGAUGGAUCCGACGGGAGUGUGAAAAAAGAAACCGGACUCAAAGACAGCUUGUCCAGUAGAGAGAAACAUCUCAGAUCAGAGGUGGAAAGACUGAAGACAGAAUUAACAAGGAAAGACGCUGAAAUCGAGGGACUGAAACUGAAGGUAGACACACUGACAAGUCAGCAGUCAGAAAACCAGCAACACAUCACUGUACUAAAAGACCAGGUGUCAGCUAAAGAUAAACAGCUAGUCAUGCUACAAACAGAGAUUGAUGAAUUCAUAGAAAAGUUAAAGGAGAAAAACUCCACUAUUGAUAAGAAUGACCAGAAGUCCCAGAGUCUACAGUCAGAAAAGAGACGCAUUGAGAAUGAGGUGACAGAGCUGAGAGAACAGAUAGAAACCAAGGACAGGAAACUCACUCUCCUGCAGAGGAAGAUUGAAGCUCUAGAAGAAGAUCUUAAGGAGAAGGAUGCCACAAUAUCUCAGUUGAAGGCAUCACAAAGCCACAUAGAGAACACCACCACUGCCAUCGCCACACUGGAGGAGACCAUCACAGAGAAAGAGAGGCAGAUUGAUAGACUGAAGGAACAGAGAGACCGGGCCGAAUCAGAACAUCAGGAGGAAUGUGAUCUCUACAUGAAGAGAAACCAUGAACUGAAGGCCCAGGUGGAUAAACUACAGCUGGAGAUCACAGACAGACAGACUGAGCUGUGUGAACUGAGGGAGAAGGUCACAGAGGCAGGGUCAGACAAAUUUAAAUCAGAGACGCGCAUCAAACAACUGGAGCAAGAAAACCGGGAGAAGACGGAGGAAAUUCAGAAGUUAAAGGCAGAGGUUGAAGAGAAAGCAAAAGCUGCAGCUGAGAAAGCUGUAAGUGAAGAGAGUGAGAAGAAGGUGACAGAACUGAUGUCACAGCUAGAGAAACAGGAAGAGGAAGUCAAGACAAUAAAGGAAGAGGUCAAAAGGUCACAGGCUGUCAUCACAGAAAUGGAGGAGGACAAGGCCAAGAAAGAGAAGGAGAUUGCUGAAAUGCAGGAUAUAAUAAAAGAAUACAAGCAAAAGAUGGGAACCUUAAAACGUAGCCAGCAGAUAGAGAAGAAGAAGAAUGCUCACUUACUGGAGGAGGCACGGCGAAGGGAAGGGGACCUCAACGAUGACGCCUCACAAUUAAAGGAUGCUGUGAUUGCUAAAGGAGACAGAAUAGAAGAGUUAGAAGAGGCAUUGAAGGAGAGUGUACGCAUCACAGCAGAGCGAGAGAUGGUGAUGGUGGAGCAACAACAACAGCUGGAGGAGGCAGAAAACAAGGUGGCUGAGCUGACCAUGGAGCUAGCCAGGAAUAAAUCUGCAGAGAACAGUGCCAGGGUCAACUUCCUGACCAAACAGCUGGAGGACAAGGAACAAAAGCUGAAGAAACUCCAGUCUGAGAGGCACAAACACCUAGAGGAGGUCUACGAAAUGAAACAAGAGGCCAUUCAGGCAGCCAUGAGUGAAAAGGAUGCCAACAUUGCUUUGCUGGAGAUGACCAGCACAAAACAAAGGAGGAACACAGAGGAGAUAGAAAAACUCAACCGGGAAAAGGAAAAGUUACAGCAGCAACUCAAGGAAGUGACACAGAACCGGAUGAAGCUGAUCCAGAAACAGGAGAGAAGAAGUGAGUCUCUGGGGCGCUCCAAGAAAUCCCCCAGUCACAAGGCCAAGGGGGCGUCGCCUGACCGCGUAAAUCCUUAUGUUCUUACAGCCCCGGCAUCACUCGACUCCUGACACAAGUUACAGAAUAACUUAGUGUAUAACUAAGCACUGUAACAUAUGAAAGAUAAUUACAAACCACUGCAAUAAAUAUAAGAUAUAUAACUUUGAUGUAAUUAAUUGAUCACUGAUUUUUCUGCUGAGUGAGAAAAGUAAGAAAUGUACUGUGUGGGAUACCAUUUCUUCAUUUUUGGUGUGGGAUACCAAAAAUGAAGAAAUAGUUGUAACAUAAUGAAUUAAUAAAUCAUGCAGUUUGUUUUGCAUGUGGUAAUGCAAUUACCAGUUUUUCUUCUGAUUGUAAUAUUUCAUGAAGAGGUCCACCCUGAUUUCCCUGUGGCUUUAGACCAAUCCUCAUAUGACCAGAUGCUAUAGCUUCUGUGAUUGUUAAAGAUGUUCUCUGUCAAACAAGACGGCAUUGUGUUUGUGUGUUUAACUUGUGUGAUUUUGGAAGAGAUGUGUCAAUUUACAGUCCUGGUUGAGAAUGAUGAUAUGUAGUACUGUUUACAACUGUGUUUUUCACUCAAGGUUUUUUUGUAUGUUUUUGGAACAAAUCCAUUUUUGCCCCUGCUUAGAAUUAAGGUUGUUUAAGUCUGUAUUUUUGAUGAUUAUAGGUAAAUGUUAUGUUUACUUGAUUGCUGUUAUAAUUAAAUUUAUGGUUUUAUUAUUUUCUGAAAAAAAAGCUUGAAAAACCUAUGGAAUGAGAAUAUCUGCCUAUUAUUUUUUGGUGAUCACAUUUGCACAAAAUACAUGUACAUGGAAAAAAAGUAAGCUAAUACUGAAGAUAAGUUCUCAGAGGCAGCCUGUGUUACAUUUACAGAGAUUUACUUUUUUCUGGCAGAGUUAUCUACCUUUGAUUAAUUACGGUUGUACCUUGAUACUCCAGUUAUCGUUGUUUUUGUAGGGAAGGCCAUUUUUCAGUCAGAAAAACUAUCAAAAAGCAUUUUUCCCUUAGCUUUAUGAAACAGAAUAGUGCUAAAAGAAUUCAAAUUUCAUCAGAGUAUUAAACAUGACACUUAUUACCUCAAAUUUAGUAGAGUUAUCUUUCCUGGGCCAGUGGCAAUAUUCAGUGAUCAGAGAAGAGGGUUUGAUGAAGAUGGAUGUACAAUGUGUGAAUGCUGAUUUAUUAUGUGAAACCUUGUGAUAUUGUUUGAUUUUUCUGUAGAAAACUUGGUUAGUUACUUAAGACUAGUAUUUUGUAUAAAAUAAUUAGGUCAUUUAUAAGUGUGCAAGCUUUAUUGGUAAAUGAAUUCCAGAUCGAGAAAUUGUUUUCUGUAUAUAAUGUGAAAAAAAAUCCAGCCAAGCUUUGCCAUGAUUGUACAUGUAUAUCUAUGUGUGUUUCUUAAUUUGUGUGGCCAACUGCCAGUGUUGUACUGAAAAUAAGUGAAAUCAUAUUGUUGUGAUGUUUUUCUUGAAAAUUAAGAUUUUGACAAUACCUUGGUAGAGGGUUACUUGUUUGGUCUCUCUCUCCUCUUUCUCUCUCUCUCUCUUACACACACACAUGACUAUUUAAAAUUGUAUGUUUAACAGUCACUUCUUCUAACAAAUUUGUGUUCAGUUUUCACUGAAUUACAAGUACUGAUACACAGUAUGUGCCUUUGUUUAUAAUGUACAACAGAUGUUAUAAUAUUGAAACUAAACCAAAGAAAAAGAAAAAACCCAGAAAAAGUGUAGCUUUCAAAAAGUACCAGUGUUUGUAUGGAAAACAUAAUACAUAUAGUUAAUUUCUUUUAGAUCUGUAGGUAUCUGCAUUAUAUAGUGAUAUAAUACAGUGAAACUUUUCUAAUCCAGUCACCACUGGUUCUAAAGAAGUUCGCAGGAUUAGACAACAUUCCGGAUUAAUUUACAUUUAAAACAUCUGAAAUUACUGAAAGGGACUUUAAGUUUACAUCUUAUUAGGCAAGAUUUCAGAAUACACAACAUUCGGAUUAGACAAGUUUCACUGUAUUAUUCAUUUAUAACAUAUUUUCUUUUUAAUUAUGAUUGUGUAUAAUGUCAAUACUAGUAGUGCAUGUAAUGCAUGUGUUCAUUGUAGACUGUGUAUUUAGUGAAUUAGUUAUUUAUUCAUGCAAUUAAGUCCUUACACAGAUAAUUUUUUAAAUCCACAUGAAGAUGUGUUUUCCUAAAAAUAAAUUAUUUGUAUGUAGACUUAUAACUGACAUAUGUGUGUGGUUGGUCUACAUAAAACACACUUAACAAAACUUAAGUCUUAGUAAAUGUAGUGUUGGUGCUGUUUAUGUAGAAUUGGAUUUAUUGUAAAAAAAUUUUACCAUUUUCAAUGUGUUCAAAAUCAUUUUGAUUGUGCUGCAAUCCAGACUUUUUAGAUUUGUUUACCCUUACACAUGCUGUUUACAGCAUUCAACAUUCAUCUACUUUGUCCCAACAAUAAAGGGAUUGUAAUGACUGUAGCUUUUGUUUAAUUCUACAAUCCUAAUUCAAAAUGGUACAUGUAGUCUUUGUCCUGAAAUCCAUCCUCAUUCUUUUUUUUUUUUUUUUUUUGAAUUUUAAUUUUUAUUAAGAUUUAUUGAUUUGUAUGAUUUCCAGGUUGUUUUUAUAUAAAUGUAUAUCACUUUAAGUACCAUAUAUGUUUUAAAUCAUAAAACAACAAGUUGAAAUCCUGUUAAACUGGUUCUCCUCCUAAAAUAUUGGUCUGAUUUCUAUAGACUUAACCUUUGGAGUUGAUUUUAUCAGAGGUUGAUAUGAAUACAGAAAGCAUUAAGGUACAGAAUUUUCCAAUAGUAUCGCUGUGGUUACUAAAAAAAAAAGGUUCAUGUAUUAAAUAAUGCUACAUGUAAUUACAUGCACUCAUAUAUUUUUACAUAUGAUUAGAGUAAAAUAUUAACUCCACCAACUUGCUUGUAUCUUUGAAUCACUUUCCAUUUUCAAGAAAUGAUCUUGAUAGAAAAGAAUUAAAAUAAAAGUUAAAAUGUAUUUUAAAAAAAACAACUUUUUUUUGCCUGAUUAAAAUCUUUCAGUAAUAUACACUUCAAGAUUACUGGUUUUUAUUUGAUUAAUUUAAAGGUAUAGGGACUAUCAAUAAAUUGAAAAAAUAAAAUUAUUUUAAUUUAAGAAUAAGCAUAAUGUGUUGAUCCCUUCGAUGAAAAUUAAAGAAGCAAGUAUUGUCACUUUUCGGAGAAAAAUGUCAAAAAAAAAAAAAAAAAAAGAAGAAGCAAAACUAGGACAAAUUUUCUCCUAGUCUAUCAUACAUGUAAAUUAAAAUCAGUGGAGCCACAGUCUAAUCCAAGACUCAUGGUGUUUUUAGGAGUAUUUGUAAAUUGAUAAUAGUGAAAGUGAAUUUAAGUACUUUUCAAGAGUUGUAUGGUGUUGUUGCAAACUUUAAUAUUUUGUGUUUCAGUUUUCAAAUGUCUACUUUAUUGUUGAAAAUUUCAUUAGAAAAAUUUAUGUUGAGUUGUAAUAUUAGCUUCCCUCUGUUUAAUACUAAUAAUUCCAUCAUGUUUACUUGGUUGAGAAGUGUAUCUAACAGUUAAAGUGUGACACCUUAAUUUUGGUAAAGUCACCUUGUAAUUGGAGGUGAAAAUCUCAAAGUUUUAACGUGUACCUAUUAUUUUCACAGUUAUGCCAGUUGCAAUAUAUUUUUUACCGGAACAAUAAUUAUGAUAAUACAUAUGUGUAUGGCAAAUUGUUGUUCUGCAAUCAGCAUCUUGUGUUGAUUUGCUCUGUAAUGUUAAUAUUUGCUGGCAUUGCUUAGAAUAUGUAUACACAAAUAAAAUGUGUAACACAAA